UUUUUCUGUGGUUUGCCAAAUCCAAGAACUUGCAGGUCACGCCGCUGCAGAAGACUUUGUACCGAGCACUUGAACAUACCUAGCCUCAAAGAGCUGAGAUGGAGCUGCUGGAAAUUGGUACUCCUGUUCUUAUUAUUUGUUUCAUUUGCCUGGUUUUCCUUUUGGUACGGAAACAAAGUCACAAAGGAGAAAGGCUCCCCCCGGGCCCAACUCCCCUCCCCAUCAUUGGGAAUCUGAUGAAUCUAAACUUGAAGGAUAUCCCUGCGUCUCUGUGCAAGUUAGCCCAAGAGUACGGCCCUGUUUACAUGUUGUACCUUGGCCCCAGACCCACCGUGGUCUUGCAUGGAUAUGAGGCGGUGAAGGAAGCUCUGAUCGAUCAGGGUGAUAAAUUCCUUGGCAGAGGACGUAUUCCAGUCAUUUCAGAUUUCCAAAAAGGACAUGGAGUUAUUUUCAGUAAUGGAGAGACGUGGAAGCAAAUGCGGCGCUUCUCCCUCACGACCCUGAGGAACUUCGGGAUGGGGAAGAGGAGCCUUGAGGAGAGGGUCCAGGAGGAAGCCCGGUGCCUGGUGGAGGAGCUCAGGAAAACCAAGGCUCAGCCCUUUGAUCCUUCUUUCAUCCUCUCCUGUGCUGCCUGCAAUGUGAUCUGCUCCAUCCUCUUCAAAGAGCGUUUUCAGUACCAGGACAAGAAGUUCCUUUUCCUGAUGGACUUGUUGGGUUUAAAUUUUAGGCGAUUAAGCCCUGUAUGGAAUCAGGUUUACAAUCUAUGGCCAAAUCUCAUAAAGCAUCUCCCUGGACAACAUAGAUCAUUUUUUAAAAGGACUGCAGUUUUUCAUAAUUUCAUUCUGGGAAAAGUGAAGGAGCAUCAAGAAUCCCUGGAUGAGAGUAACCCUCAAGACUUCAUCGACUCUUUCCUCUGCAAGAUGGAGCAGGAGAAAUGCAACCCGUUGUCUGAAUUUCACUUGGAGAACUUGACAAUCUGCGGAUCAAAUUUGUUUGCAGCAGGAACUGAGACAACCAGUUCCACCAUGAGAUAUGGACUCCUGCUCCUACUGAAACAUCCAGAGGUGGAAGCCAAAGUUCAUGAAGAAAUUGACCGUGUGAUCGGGCGCAACCAGAGCCCCUCCAUGAAGGACAAGAUGAAGAUGCCCUACACAGAGGCGGUGUUGAAUGAGAUACAAAGAUACAUCACCCUCCUUCCUUUCAGUCUGCCCCAUGUCGUGACCAAGGACACGAAAUUCAGACAAUUCGUCAUCCCCAAGGACACCAUGGUAUUGCCAUUAUUGUCUUCAGUCCUGCACGAUUGCAAGGAGUUCCCCAACCCAGAGAAGUUUGACCCAGGCCACUUUUUGGAUGAAAAUGGCAGCCUCAGGAAAACGAAUUACUUCAUACCUUUCUCCCUCGGUAAACGGGCCUGUCUUGGGGAGGGCCUGGCCCGCAUGGAGCUGUUCCUCUUCCUCACCACUGUUCUGCAGAACUUUUCCCUGAAGCCGCUGGGGGAUCCCAAGGAACUACCGACCAAGCCCCUCAUUGCUGGGCUUAUCAACAUUCCUCCACCUUUCAAGCUGUGCCUUGUUCCUAGAUAAAAGGAUUUUCUGUUCCAUCAGUUUAAAUCGGGGUAAUUGCUUCUUAGCCGUGCUGGUUAGAUCAGUGGGUUAGAGUCGUCCCCAUAUGCCAAGGCGGCCGGUGCGAUCCCCGGUGAGGGCACUUACAGGAUCAACCAAUUAAUGCAUAAAUAAGCGAAACAAGAAAUCACUGCUGCUCUCUCUGUCCCUUCCUCUCUCUGAAAACAAAUCUUUGAAAACGGAGAAAAAGUUCAAAGUAAUUGCUUUUUCCUCUUACUCCCUGCACUCCACCCAACCCCAACGGUCUUGCCCUUCAUUUUAAACAGUGCAUAGGACAGAAUCGCUGCUCAUUAAGAACCUGAUGGACAUUUGUUUAAAUCUAAAAUCCCUUGCCAAAAGGAGCUGGGUCCUGAAAAUUCCAAGGGUACAAACAAUCAAUUCAUCCCCUGUGCAGCUCCUCAUACACCGCGCUUCAGGGGCACCAAGGCCCGGCCCCCGGAGGCCUUGGUCAGGACAGCCAGCAAGACAGUGGCGCUUUCACUCUUCCUGUGGCUUUGGAGAUCUGAUUUGCUGAAGUUUUUCAAAACAGAGAAAUUAAUAUAAUAGCCUACAUGUAUGAUUUCUAUUUCCAAUUGAAAGUGCCUAUAGGAUUUCUGCCACAUUCCUAAAAUAAAUGUUUACUU